AUGGAGCCCCCGGAGGGCGCUGGCCCGGGAGAGAUCGUGAAAGAAGCUGAGGUGCCACAGGCUGCUCUGGGUGUCCCAGCCCACGGGACAGGUGGCAGCUGCUGCACGCCUGUGGCCGAGGAGGAGGUGGGCAUCCCAAUACCGGCACCAGGGCUCCUGCAGGUCACAGAGAGGCGGCAGCCACUGAGCAGCGUCUCCUCUCUGGAGGUGCACUUUGACCUCCUGGACCUCACCGAGCUGACUGACAUGUCGGACCAGGAGCUGGCCGAGGUCUUUGCCGACUCAGAUGACGAGAACCUGAACAGCGAAUCCCCAGCAGGGAUGCACCCACUGCCCCGGGCCGGCUGCCUGUGCUCGCCUGCCUGGACGAGGACAAGGGCUGAGCAGAACCGCGAGAAGCAGCCCCUGGGUGACCCUGAGCGGCAGACCACAACUGUGGACAUGUUUCUCACCGUGGAGGGGCCCAAGGAGGACUAG